AGUUCUUAGUUAGCUGAAUGACAAUUCUGAAGCAGAAUAUUCACCAUCCUGACAAAUAGUUUGUUCUUUGUCACUUCAGUUCUUUAAAUGCUUGUGUUACAAAAGGAAAGUAUGUUUUUGCUUGGAUCAAUCUUAAUUCUCUUGCAUACUGGACAUGGACAGGAAUGCAUUAAGAUAAUAAAGGACAUGGACUACUCAUGUGCUGGGAGAAAAUUGACCCAUAUUCCUUCAAGUCUUCCCAUCACUGUGAGGACUCUGGAUUUCAGUUUUAAUUUCUUAAACCCUUUAGAUAAUUCUGUAUUUCCUCUUCUGGUCAAUUUACAAGUCUUGGACCUCACAAGAUGUCAUAUCCAUUACAUUGAUGAUGACACUUUCUACAAUGUGAAGAAUUUGACUACUUUGAUUCUCUCUGGAAACCCUGUAACACAUUUUGGAUCGGGGUGCUUUAAUUCUUUACAUAAUCUACAACGGUUAGUUCUGGUGGAUGUUGGUCUUGAUUCUUUACAGCUUCCCUUGAAUAAUCUAACCAAGCUACAGGAACUUAAAGUUGGAACAAACAGCAUUCAGUUUAUGACUCUUCCUUCAUUCAUAAGCACCUUCAAAAACUUUACUUUACUUGAUCUACAUGCCAAUAAUAUAUCAAUCAUAAAAACUGAUCACACCGUUGUGUUACGAGAGAUAGGUAGAAACAUGACUUUAAUACUCUCUAGGAAUCCAUUAUUACACAUAGAACCAGGAGCUUUCAAAAACAUUUAUCUGAAGGAGCUUCACAUACAAGCUGCCUUUGUUUCAUUGAAUGCACAAAAGGGAUGUCUACAAGCACUUACUGGUCUCACAGUUGAUAAACUGUUCAUUGGAAACUACAGAAUGGUAAUGAGGAUGAAAGUGUCAAAUGCAGAUUAUCUUGAUGGCCUUUGCUCAUUUAAUUUCAAUGAAGUGUAUUUUGUUCAGAAAGAAUGGUAUGACUCUGAAAUGCACGUGUUCCGCUGUAUGGUAAAUGCAACAAAAAUCACAGUGAAAAGAGGAUAUAUCAAAAGCAUGGAAUAUAUUCCUUUUCACCGUCUUAAGGAACUUUAUUUAGGACCCACAUUAUUAUCUGUCAUUCCAUUUAUUUCAAAAAUACCAAGCUUAGAAAAACUGAUGGUGAACAAUAAGUUACCUAUGACAUUUCAUGGAAUCAGUGACUUGCCUCUUCUUCGGCACGUGGAUCUGAGUGGAAACACUUUGAUUUUAAUGGGAUGCUGUUCCAGUUUUUUCAUAGGCACCCCAAAUAUUCGUUAUCUGAAUCUUAGUCGAAACUCAGAGAUAGGAUUGGAUACAAUGCCAUUUUUUGGACUUUACUUACUUGAGGUGUUGGACUUCCACCAUACUAAACUUUUCCUAACUUUUCACUAUGGAAUUUUUAAAGGCCUGAAGAAUUUAUAUUACUUGGAUAUUUCCUACACAAGUGUCACUUUCACAAGCUACAUGACUUUUCAGGACCUGAGCAAUCUGACUGUGCUUAAAAUGGCAGGAAACUAUUUCAGUAGAGACACUUUAUGUUCUCUAUUACAAAAUCUAACAAGUUUGGAGGUUCUUGACAUCUCACACUGUGGCAUUGAUGAAAUCUCCAUGAUAUCAUUUAAAGGCAUGCAGAAACUCCAGCAUUUAUAUUUAAGUCAAAAUAUGUUGAUGGUUUUGGACUUUUUGGUCCAACCAGAUCUCAAACAACUUACAUCAGUUUAUGUCGAUAAAAAUAGCAUUACUAGCAUCUCACCUAAUGUUCUCCAAAAUUUACCCAUAAACCUUUCAGUGUUUGAUUUGUCCUCUAACCCCAUCGAUUGCUCCUGUUCCCAGAUAGAUUUCAUUUUGUGGAUUAUUGAAAACCAGAAAUUUUUGAAGGAACCAGAUAACAUUAUCUGUAAAACAUUUUCACCAAGCUCAGAUCUGAGGGCAACUGACUUUGACAUUGACAGUUGUGUGCACAACAAAAGGCUCACAGUUGGUUUAGUGAUAUGUCUUCUCAUUGUAGUUUUUGUUAUAUCACUCAUAGUUUAUAGAUUCCAGUUUCAUCUAAGAUAUUGCUGUAUACUUCUGAGCGGUUACAGGUCUGCCAGACAACAAGAAUGUUCCUAUGAUGCAUUUGUGAUUUUCUCCAGUUAUGAUGAAGUCUGGGUCAUGACUGAACUGGUGGAAAAUCUGGAGAACAGCUUUCCACCUAUUCAGCUUUGCCUUCACAUGCGGGACUUUGAAGCAGGGAAGUCUAUCGCCGCCAACAUCAUUGAAGAAGGAAUUAUGGGUAGCCGUAAGGUCAUUGUGGUUGUAUCUCAACACUUCAUUGAUAGCACCUGGUGUCGCUUUGAGUUUGAAAUGGCCCAGUCCUGGUUUAUCAUGGAACGCAAUGCCAACAUCAUCAUCAUCAUUCUGGAAGAUGUGCAAGAGAAGAAAAUGAAGAAAGUGAUUGGUCUUCAUAAGCAUCUAAAAAAGAACACAUACCUGAAGUGGAGCAGGGACCCUUUGAGUAGCAUGAGAUUCUGGAUUCGGCUCAGGAAAGCUAUUAUUGCCACAAAAUAAUAAUAUGAUCAAUCUGUAUGCAUAUGUAUGUGUAGGUACAG